CAUUGUGCCCUGUCCCCGUGGCAUUUUCAAGCUAGGUUAGCUGUCAAUUCACUCCACCGCAUCACGGCAGGGACGCUCCGGGCUGUGCAGACUCCUUUUGCAAAUACCUUUGCUGCAUCGCACAAUGGCUGUCCCUCCAGCAUACUCAGACCUGGGCAAGGCUGCCAAAGAUAUAUUCAGCAAGGGAUAUGGCUUUGGUGUUGUGAAGCUGGACCUCAAGACCAAAUCACAAAGCGGAGUGAUGGAGUUCAACACAUCUGGCUCCAGUAACACAGAUACAGGGAAGGCCUCAGGGAGCCUUGAGACCAAGUACAAGAUGAAGGAGCUAGGCCUGAGCGUCAACCAGAAGUGGAACACAGAUAACACCCUGGGUACUGAAGUCACUGUGGAGGACCAGCUGGCUCAAGGACUGAAAGUUGGCUUGGAUACAUCUUUUGUACCAAACACAGGCAAGAAGAGUGGCAAGCUCAAGACUGGCUACAAGCGUGACUAUAUGAAUAUUGGCUGCGAUGUUGACUUUGAGGGUCCCAUUAUCCACGCUUCUGCUGUGUUGGGCUAUGAAGGCUGGCUGGCAGGCUAUCAGAUGGCCUUUGAUAUGGCCAAAUCCAAACUGGCUCAGAACAACUUUGCACUCGGAUACAGGGCCGGGGACUUCCAGCUUCACACCAAUGUUAAUGACGGGACUGAGUUUGGCGGCUCCAUCUACCAAAAGGUAAAUGACGAGCUGGAGACAGCGGUUACUCUGGCCUGGACAGCUGGCAGCAACAACACUCGUUUCGGCAUUGCUGCCAAAUACAAGCUGGACAAAGAUGCCUCUCUGUCUGCCAAAGUGAACAAUGCCAGUCUGAUCGGAAUAGGCUACACCCAGAGCCUUCGACCAGGUGUUAAGGUCACCCUCUCAGCUCUCAUUGAUGGCAAGAACUUCAACGCCGGCGGACACAAAGUCGGCAUGGGCUUCGAGGUUGAGGCGUAAACACAAAACCUACCAAUAAAGAAGAAGAAGCCCACUUCAGCACUUAGUUUUCGGCACCCUCCUAUCACGAUAACUUGUCUCCUUCUCUUGUCUCUGGACUCUCCCUCACACACCCCUCCCUUGUUCAUACUUCUGAUGAGCAUUUCUGACAGUAAUAGUCAAGUCUUAGCAUUAUGCUUAAAAAGUUGUGAGGCUGAUCCUGAAACUGGCGGUGCAUAGUUGUGGAGAAUUGUUUUUAUGGCGUUUGAAAUAACUAUUUAUUUCCCUGUAGGUCUUGAAUGAAGUAGUUGUUGGUGUAGCUCAUUUAAAGCUUCAGUACUGAGUUAUUACUGCAUUCCUAAAAGCAUGUCAAAUGAAGGGUUGGAUGCAGAGCUUAAAGCUUAUUUGCUUGGUUAAAAAAGGUGUAGAGUGUCUCUCGUCUCUUUAUUUUUGUAUCCAUUUGAACGGUUUUGGCUUUUUUUGCUGCAAUCCAAGGACUAUUUAAUCCAUGUCAUUGUUUUCAUACAACACAUAUCAUUAAAUAUUGAAGUAGUGGUGGAAGACCGAUUUCUGGAAUGACGACAUGAAAGAUGUUAGAUCUAUUCUUGCACAUGUCUCAAAAUGCUCUUUUAGCCCUUUGUGACUUCUGUUUUUGGUAGGUGAAAUCAACAUAAUGGAAUCUUCUGGUAGCUCUUUGGGUUUUUUUUUUUUUUGUUUGUUUUUUUUACAUUUCUGCAGUGUUGUUUUCAUCUAUCUGUCUCAGCUCAGCGGUCACAAUGAAAGUGAGGCUAUUUUGCUUCUGUAUCUCAGAGGCACCAGGCAUCUUAACUUGACUGCCAGCUGUUUCCUCUUGUUGCUCGGGGACCUCACUCGUUGCUGUCAGUGAUCGCGUCUUCAAAACUAUCUCCACUCUUAAGCUCUGUAUACUAAAGUACAGGUGCUUGUCCUCCAAGUAAUUCCAGUUGAAACGCUUGAGGAGUGUUGUGUCCCCACAUCUGUCCUGUUACUUUGGUUGGAAAUCCUGCAUCAGAAUGUGUUUCUUUUUCAUCUUAUGUUGUCAUUAUUAUUAUUAUUAUUAUGAGACUUUCUUUUUCUUUGUCACAUAGACACAGUACCUCAAGAGAACUCUAAUAAUAAAAAAAUGGGAAAACAGCA